AUGGUUCUUUUAAGAAACUGUUCAUUAGAAGACGGUGACGCGCGCGGGAGGCGGAGCGUCAUACAGGAAGACGCGCGCGUCACGCAAUCCGCCGCUUCUCUUCAGUUAAAUCCGCGCUCGCAUCGCGUCGCAUCGCAUCCGUAUUCAGAGAUGCAGCGACAUCAGCUCUGGCGCGCGUUUGCGCUCCUCUAUUUGCCGUUUUUAGGAAGCGCCAUUGAUUUUAAAACGCGGACGGGACCGCGAGUGACGGACAAGGUGUUUCUUGACAUCACCGUCGGAGGACACGAGGUUGGCAGGAUCGUGAUCGGUCUGUUUGGAGAGGUCGCUCCGCUGACCGUGCAGAACUUUGUGGCUCUUGCCACAGGAGAGGAGGAUUACGGGUACAAAGGCAGCAAGUUCCAUUGGGUUAUCAAGGACUUCAUGAUCCAAGCAGGAGACUUCACCGCUGGAGACGGAACAGGAGGAAAAAGCAUCUAUGGAAGCACGUUUGCAGACGAGAGCUUCAGGCUCAAGCAUCUGGGCGCAGGUUGGGUCAGCAUGGCAAACACCGGGCCCGACACCAACAGCUCACAGUUCUUCGUUACUUUAGCCAGAGCGCCGUGGCUGGACGGAAAACAUGUGGUGUUUGGCAAAGUCCUGGAGGGGAUGGCUGUGGUUCACACCAUCGAGCUCCAGGACACGAACAAUCGUAACCUGCCCUACACCGAGUGUGUGAUCGUCAACAGCGGCAAGAUCAAGCUCGAAGAGCCCUUCGUCGUGGAAGUGGAGGGAUGGUGAACCGUUAUGAUUUCUGUGUUCAUAUAUUCAUAUCUGCUGGUGGUUGAGUCGUGUCGUUAGAUUCUUCUCUUACUAUGCAGCCACUUUUUGUAAGUUUCUUUUCUACAGAGAAAUCACACCAUCAUACGGCCAAAUGUGACCCGUUCUGGCAAGAUGAGUCGGAAUGAGCAAAUUUACCAUUAAAAUUACCUUCAAAAUGACUUGUUGGAAUCGGGAGCAUUGGGAUCGCUAGAAGAGGGCUUAAUUAACUCAUUUUUGCGAAAACCUCAAAUUCGACUAAAAUUCACUUCUUUUGCCUGUAGCUCAGAAUUAGACCGUGCACAUUCACUCAUUCUGCCAGCACUGCUCACAUAUAUGUGUUUCUGCGCAGCACUUUAUCACACUGUAGGACGGUUUACUGCAGAAAUUAACCGCACACAUGUUUAUCACGAUCCUCUGAGUGCCAAUAAGACCUACUUGAACAAUCUGUCUUUUGUUUUAAAAGAAAAGAUGUAAAUAUAGUUCAUUUUGCAUUCAUAUUUAGAAACUAAAUCAAUCACUUAUUAGAUCCUAGCAGUUUCACGACAUACUGUUUCAAUGGAUUUCAAUGAUUAAUUGUACACUCAAACCAAAUAUUAUUCGACACCAGAUAUAUAUUUUUUACUAGUGGGCGCAGGACACUACAGUUCAUUUACACAAGUGAGGAUAGCAAAAUAAAGUGAACUGUGACAUAUUACACCCAAAAAGUCUUCAUACAGUGGACGACCAGUAAAAUU